AUGAUGGAACAGAAAGGCUCAGUUAUCGUGGUCGGGGCGGGCAUCUUUGGGCUCAGCACCGCGCUCCAUCUCUCCCGACGCGGCUAUUCGGUGACCGUUUUCGACAAACAACCUUACGAUGAAUCAAGAUACUCGUAUUUCAAAGGUGCAGAUUCUGCCUCCGCGGAUAUCAACAAAAUUGUUCGCUCGGCGUACGGACAGCAGACGGAGUAUCAACAGUUAUCUGGGGAGGCCAUUGCGGCCUGGCACGAGUGGAACAACGAGCUUGCCAGUGGUCAAACAUUACCUCCGGGGAUGAGUAGAAAACACCGGGUUUUUGUCCCCAAUGGAAACAUGUCACUCUCUUCUGAUGUUGAACUUCCUUCUUGGGAGCUUGCCUGCAUCGAUGGAAUGGAAAAGGCUGGAUACCACAACACUCAAUUGGCGACAACCAACCCAGUUCAUUGUGAUCUGGCCGCCGAUCGCGGGAUAUCAUCUUAUAUGGACCCCUUCCGGCAAAAGGGCCGGGGAAAGCAGCCAGUCGGGGUGCUCGAUACGACGGGUGGUAUGGCCGUUGCCGAUAUAGCCUGCCGCUUCGCGUUACACAAGGCCCGUGAAGAGGUGACUGGCAUCAUUACCCGUGAUGGAAAGACACAUAAUGCACCCAUGACGAUUCUCGCCUGUGGUGCCUUGACCCCCGUCCUGCUACCGGAAUUAGAUGGACUCUGCGAAGCCACGGCGGGAAGCGUGGUAAUGAUCAAGAUUCCGCCAAAGUCACAGCUAUGGAGCCGACUGGCACCAGAAAACUUUCCGACUUUUACUUUCAAUAUGCGGGCAGGAAGCUCUGGAGGACUGUAUGGGUUCCCGCGCAACGAUGAGGGCUUCUUCAAGAUAGGGUACCGCGGCACUAAAUACACCAACCCUAUACGCCAUCAAGAUGGAAAGGAGCGAAGUACACCCGUCACACGCUGGUCUCAGGCUGAACGCAACGGCUUGCCGGUAGGGAGUUGUUUUACGGACUUUCCAAGGCAAGCAUUUCAGGUCAUCCAGAGUUUCCUCGAUGAAUACCUGCCUGAGCUAAGAGAAGAGAGGAUUCCGGUCGCCACGACGCGGAUCUGCUGGUAUACAGACACCUUUGACAAUCAUUUUUUGGUUGACCGUGUUCCAGGAAAAGACGGCUUAAUGGUUGCUACUGGAGGUAGUGGCCACGCAUUCAAGUACUUGCCUUGCAUUGGUAACUGGGUGGUGGAUAUAAUGGAAAAUAUCAAAUUGGAUCGCCCCGCCGUGAAAGCUUGGAAAUGGCGAUCCUCGGGCGAGGAAAUGCCAAUCAACCAUCUCAUGCAGGGCUCACAAGGGCCACGCGCAUUCGGAAACAUUGCAUUGCACAAGGAGGUAGAACUCAAGCGGGCGACUGCCUCACGGCUGUGA